UGGCACCUCCGUAUCCGCAAUGACAAAAACAACGCGGCGUUAGUUCUGAGGAAGAAGAAGGAGGAAGGCGGGCAGCCAUGUGAGCGCUGCCCCACGGAAAACCCGGAGGAGGCCCCGAGCGGCCGCAGCGCCGCCGCAGCCCGGGCGAGGGCGCAGAGUCCGGUGCCGGCAGCCUUCCUUCCCCUUCCCCGCCUCUCUGCCCGUAUAAGCGGGGCGGGCGUCCCCAACCAGGCCCGCCAGACCGGUUGGUUCCUGCGGGCCGCGCUGCUCUCCCCGCCUCCCUGAGGCGCGGCCAGGCCCGACCCGGCCUGGCGUGCUGCGGCCGCACCGAGGCCGGGGGGCUCCAUGGCCUUCAUCCGCAAGCGGCAGCAGGAGCGGGAGCUGUACUCCAAGGAGAGGUUUUCACUGCUGCUGCUUAACCUGGAAGAAUAUUACUUCGAACAACACAGAGCUAGUCAUAUCAUAAAUAAAGGUUGCAGAGAUGAAAGGAAAAUAAGAGGUUCCCUAAAAAUCUGCUCAAAGUCAAUCAUUUUUGAACCUGAUGAGAAUCUGCAACCCAUUAUCAAGAUACCGUUGAGAGACUGCAUUAGUAUAAAAGCACCAGAAGACAAUGAAGCAAAAAAUCCAUUCUUACGGGAGAUAUCAGGACGGAUUUCUGUUGUGUGUAAUCAGGUUUUUCUCAUUAAAGAAAGGAAUGUUAUUGCACCCUAUAAAACAAUAAGAGGCAAAACAGAACACCUAUUCCAAUUGGAUGUAGCUGGGAAACUAGGAGAUGUUGUGCAAACUCUACAUCAGCUCUACAGGGCUUCUUGUCUAGAUAAGAUGGGAGAUCAAGCUGCCAUGAUAACUGCUAUACUGCAAUCCCGUUUGGCUAGAACUUCAUUUGAUAAAAACAGAUUUCAAAGCAUUUCUGAAACGCUGCGUAUGGAAUGUAAAGCAGAAAUGGUGACACCACUGGUGACUAAUCCAGGGCAUGUGUGUGUUACUGAUGCUAACUUAUACUUCCAGCCUCUUAAUGGAUAUCCUAAACCAGUAGUACAAAUAACACUGCAGAAUGUACGCCGCAUCUAUAAAAGAAGGCAUGGUCUAAUGCCACUGGGACUCGAGGUAUUUUGCUCAGAAAAUGAUAUAUGUUCUGACAUCUACUUGAAAUUCUACAACUGUCAAGAUCGAGAUGAGCUCUAUUACCUUAUUGCAGCAUACAUAGAAAAUCAUAUUACGGAGCAUACAGCUGAGAGUUACAUGUUACAAUGGCAGCGAGGACAUAUAUCAAACUACCAGUAUCUGCUUCAUCUCAACAAUCUAGCUGACAGGAGCUGCAAUGAUCUCUCCCAGUAUCCUGUAUUUCCCUGGAUCAUAGCAGACUACUCUAGUGCAGAAUUAGAUCUGACAAAACCUGAAACAUUCCGUGACCUCAGUAAACCGAUUGGUGCCCUGAAUAAAGAGAGACUGGAGAGAUUAUUGACACGUUAUGAGGAAAUGCCAGAACCUAAGUUCAUGUAUGGGAGCCACUAUUCAUCCCCGGGUUAUGUUUUGUUUUAUCUUGUUAGAGUUGCUCCAGAAUACAUGCUCUGUCUGCAGAAUGGAAAGUUUGAUCAUGCUGACAGAAUGUUCAACAGUGUUGCAGAAACCUGGAAAAACUGUUUGGAUGGCGCAACAGAUUUCAAAGAGUUGAUUCCGGAAUUUUAUGAAAAUGAUUCUAGCUUUCUAGUAAACAGCUUGAAAUUGGAUUUGGGAAAAAGACAGGGUGGAAAGACCGUUGAAGAUGUAGAGCUUCCCCCUUGGGCAUCAGGUCCUGAUGACUUUCUUCAGAAGAGCCAAGAGGCUUUAGAAAGUCAGUACGUUUCAGAGCAUCUUCAUGAGUGGAUUGACCUCGUAUUUGGCUGCAAACAAAAAGGAAGCAAAGCUGUUACAGCUUGCAAUGUGUUUCAUCCAUUAACUUAUGAAGGAGGAGUGGAUUUAAACAGCAUUAUGGACCCCAAUGAGAAAGUAGCUUUGCUGACACAAAUCUUGGAGUUUGGACAGACACCAAAACAGUUGUUUACAACUCCUCAUCCUCAACGGAUAAUGCCAAAAAGCUCCUCUAGAACAUCUAGUCACAGUGUUUCCAUAAGUGAAUCUCCAGUAUCUCCAAAUGAAGAAUCAUUUGAAGAUUUGACAGAAGAAAGCAUUACACUUGCUUGGAACAACAUUUCUAAACUAAGACAAGAUGAACAAUAUAAAAUUCACAAAGAGGCAAUUACUGGAAUAGCAGUCACCUGCAAUGGGUCUUCUGUUUUCACCACAUCCCAAGACUCAACUCUGAAGAUGUUUUCCAAAGAAUCCAAAACACUCCAAAGAAGUGUGUCCUUUUCAAACAUGGCUUUGUCAUCUUGUAUCAUCUUGCCAGGAGAUACCACUGUCAUAAGUUCUUCAUGGGACAAUAAUAUAUAUUUUUAUUCAAUUGCAUUUGGAAGACGGCAGGACAUCUUAAUGGGACACGAUGAUGCUGUCAGCAAGAUUUGUUGGCGAGAAGGGUGUUUAUAUUCUGCAUCUUGGGAUUCCACUGUAAAGGUGUGGAAAUGCGUACCUGGAGAGACAUCGAGCAAUAAAAGAAACUGUUUUGAAUUGCUUGCGGAGUUAGAGCACGAUGUUAGUGUAAAUACGAUCGACCUUACCGCUUCAAACACUAUACUAGCAUCUGGAACCAAAGAGGGUACCAUUAGUGUUUGGGAUGUUACCACAGCAACAGCGUUACACCAGUUGCCUUGUCAUUCUGGUACUGUGUUUGAUGCUGCUUUUAGUCCCGACGGCAGACAUCUACUCAGUGCGGGAGAAGACUGUUGUUUUAAGGUAAUAGACGUACAGACUGGAAUGCUUAUAUCUUCUGUGACUGCUGAUGAGCCACAAAGGUGCUUCAGAUGGGAUGGAAAUACUGUCUUGUCAGGAAGUCAGUCUGGUGAAUUACUGACUUGGGAUCUCCUUAAUGGAAAAGUUACUGAAAGAAUCAAAGGACAUGCAGGUGCUGUAACCUCCAUGUGGAUGAAUGAACAGUGCAACAGUGUUAUUACUGGAGGGGAAGACAAACAAAUUAUAUUCUGGAAACUGCAAUACUAAGUGCCUUUCCCUCCAGCUGUUUAAAUGAACUUUUUCAUUUUAAACCAAACCUUUUAAAGGAACUUGACUGUGUGCAAUGAUGGUUACUGAAGUUCAACCAGAAAAGAAGCUUUGCUCAACCACAGCUUUCUGGUGACUUCACUGAGAGCUCUUAACUUCAAUAAUGUAUGUAUUGGGUUUUCAUAAACUACCAAAAAUGCUUUGUCUAAUAAUGUGAGAUAACAUUAAAGACCUAUUUUUCUGUAACUGAAGAGCUCCUAACUGGUAGUUACUGUUGUAGUGUGUUGUCUGAACCAUUUCUAAAGAAGCAACAGUUGCAUUCUUUAAAAGAUUUAAGAUACUUGCAACAUGACAAUGGAUGUACAUCUUCCUUCCUACCAAAGAUGCAUAUGAUGGUAAACACUGCUUUGAACACUUACAGCUUAGGCAGUAAGUUGGUCUGAGCAGGGGUCAGUCUGCUUUACUAUGUAGUCUCCAACUGUAGCUACCUGCAAAGGCAGAGGUGGUUUUUUUUUCCUAUUAUUGAACAAACAACACACUGAAAACUACAGCCUUCACACAUCAGUCUGAAAGGGAACCAAGGAUAAUCAUGAGCCCUUACUGUGGAGAAGUUUGAUAUUGACAUAUUAUGCAUAUAUCAGUCUUUCCCCUAAUACUAAGGUCUUGUAAUAUCUUUUCUUUUUAAUGCCUUGUAUCUGUUCUGUUACUUUGUCUUCCUCACCUUGUUUUAUUUGGCCUUCUCAGUUUCCUUCAGCUCUAGUACAGCAUUCAAGUUUCAUACCAAAGAUUCUUGAGUACAGGUAUAACUUGGGGGUUUAUGUGAGCCCUUACUACUGCAACCCAGGGGUAAAGUGGUGCUGUACUGGGCUUAUUUUUCUCUGUAGGACUUCAGAAUACACUUCCCUGCAAGGGGCUACUCUGAGGUUAAAGACUUCAAAUACCAGCCCUUAGGGGCAUAUUACAGUAAGAGCCACCUGUGGUUCUGUUCCCUCAAGAGGAAUAUUUUUUAAUGGUGUUCUUUACUGCUGAUGUUAAACUGCCUUGUCAGUGUGUUCAGGAUGCAUCCCUGGAAUUUCCAUCACUCCUUUGAGUCUGUUUCUAGCCAUACUGCCUGGGUUUCAAAGGUUUCAGGGGGCAGCUGUUUCCUUGGAAUUAUUACAAUUGUUCUAUGAUUAAUUUCCUCCUUUUGUAUUACAACAUAAUUUAAGCUUGCUUCAGCUGCAUGAAGCUUUUGCUACAUGUGCCUUCAGUAUAUAACUGAUAAGCCAUAUACUGUACCUGCUGUUACCAGAUUUGCUUAACCUUGCCUUAAAAUGUUUGGCUGUUG